UGUAAGUGCAAUGCAUGCUGCCAGCUCAGACAGUUUAAUGCAGAGCAGACAGUCACUGUCUAAACAUAGCUUCCCCCGGGCUGAUCAGACCUGCACACUGUGGAAACAUGUCUGAUUACCAUAUCCGGCUGUACCAGGACUCUGAUUAUGACAGGGUGAGAGACCUCUUUGCAAAAGGCAUUCUGGAACACACACAAGUGGCCUUCAACCAUGCCCUCACCCUUCCACACGUUUGGAUUUUUAUAACUGGUGUUUUUCUUCUUCCUCUUCUGGCCUCAUGUUCAUUUAUAAUCUCCGUUCUGUCUGUUUUUCUGGUUUUAGCUGGUUUGUGGUUAGGCACUCGAUAUCUCUAUAUAUCUUAUGUUACAUACACUCUUUCCGAUGACAUGUUGGAUGUCAAGAAGUACUACCUGCAGAGGGAUGGUUACUGCUUCUGGGUGGCUGAGUCUGUUGGAGAAGUCGUGGGUACUGUAGCGGCUACACCAUCCUUUUACCCUGGAGGAGAAAGGCACCUAGAGCUAAAGAGGAUGUCAGUUGCCCAGAGCCAUAGAGGCAAAGGGAUUGCAAAGGCCUUGUGCAGGACGCUCAUUGAUUUUGCACGAAAACGUGGGUGUGAAGCCGUGAUCUUGGAGACCUCACAUAGCCAACGUGCAGCUCAAAUCCUGUACGAAGCAAUGGGAUUCAGAUUGCAAUCCUCAUAUGUUAUAGAACACAUUUUUGGAAAAGCAGUGAAUUUUAAGGUUUUAACAUACAGAUAUGACAUCCCAACAAAUAAACUGUGAAUGUGAUUUUAUAAUGUGAUAUAAGUAGCAAAUAAAAUAUUAACUCCAAGUAUAAGUUGUAACAGAAAGGAAACUGGGUGCUGCUUGAAAAAGAGCUUACAAUCUAAAUGAGUUAAAGUAAAAAUAAUGUAUGAAGAUGGAGGCUUUGAUCACCAUGUAGAGAGGCUGACACUGUCAGUUUAACCAAUGAAAGAUGAAGAGAAAUGGCUAUAGUGCCACUGUUAGGGCUAUUUACUGAAGUGUUGAUGGUUGGCAAUUUUAACUGA